AUGGGAGACUUCAAUGCUUCUCUAUCUCAUGAUGACUCGAGUGCAGGUUCUUCCAGCUAUAGCAUUGGAACCCGUGAAUUUAGAGAGUGUGUUAAUUCCAUCGAUGUGUUUGAUGUUAAUAGCACGGGGUUACAUUACACAUGGUCGAAUAGCCAGCAUAGAGGAGGUAUUAUUUUUAAAAAAUUGGAUCGAAUUAUGUGCAAUAUUAAUCUGGUUGCUGAAUUCCCGAACGCUGGAGCUUAUUUUCACCCUUUUCGGAUUUCUGACCACGCCCCUUGCAUAUUAAAGUUGCCAACUGUGGCAAGAGACAAACCAAGACCGUUUAAAUUUGUUAAUCUACUUGCUGAAAAGCAUGGUUUUCUGGAAGCAAUUAAUCAGAUCUGGGGAAAAGAGAUUACAGGGUUUCGUAUGUACCAGGUUGUUAUGAAGCUUAAGUUACUUAAAACUCCGUUACGAAAACUUUUCUUCCAACAAGGGAAUCUGCAUGAGAAUGUUAAGAAGGCUAGGAAGGAUCUGGAUGAGUGUCAGCUUGUUAUGGAUCAAGAUCCGGCAAAUGGUGAUGUGUUAGCUAAGCAUAGUAUUCUUCUAAAGAAUUAUAAAGAUGCUAUUCAUGAUGAAGCUGUCUUUUUACAACAAAAAUCCAAAGUUGAUUGGUUAACGCUUGGGGAUUCUAAUACCAAAUAUUUUCAUAACGUUGUGAAAGCCAAAAACCACUGA